AUGAAUGACUCUAACAAUCAAGAUCGCAAAUCAGCAGUGAAUAAUCAUAAUUCGAAGCGUUUAACAAAUAAUAAUGUCGAGAGGAAACCACCACCAUUGCUGAUACAUUCGGCCGCACUUUCUAAGCUGAAUAGCUCAACCACCAUUACACCUUUAUGCGAACGAAAAAUUAAGGCAGAGCCAAAAUUCUUGAACCAGGAAGUACGGAUCUACGCUGAUGGUAAAUGGAACAACAACGAUUCUGAUCGUGGUGAUCCUCCUCGAUAUUGGUGUGAGAAAUGUGGAAGGAUUUAUUCUAACAGGAAUAAUUUGCAGAGACAUUGUCGUUACGAAUGUGGAACUGACCAUUCGGCUUUCAAGUGUCCAUAUUGUCCCCACUCAUCCAGACGCAAAGAUAAUUUGAAAACUCAUAUCGUUAAAAAGCAUAAUCCGAAUUAUGCAGAUCCAACAAAAGCUAUGUGUGAUACCCCUAUAAACGGAUUCAAACUGUAUGAAGAAAUUGGUUGUAGUACUAAUAAUACAUCAGAUAAUUCGGGUGCCGAAUGCUAUUAUGCAAUGCCCACAUUCAGCUUUGGAAGUCUUCCUAGGCGCAGAAGGCGCAAUGAUGGGCCUGUCAACCUGUGUCUCACCUGUGGAAAAUGCUACAAACACAAGCAACAUCUUAAGAGGCACUUGAUGGUCGAAUGUGGUCGAGAACCUAGCAUUCAAUGCCCAUAUUGCAGUCACAGAACAAAAUAUCAACGUAUCAACAAUACAACGGCCAAGCAUUCGAUGUCUGUUGUCGGGCCUACAAAAAUUCCUAAAUAUGCUCCAUUAACCUCAUCAAUGGAGUUGAACUAUCAAGUACCUCAAUUUUUCAUGCGAGAUUAUCUUAGUGGAUAUGUACUAUCUCCACAGCAACACUUGGCCCAGAUUCAUAAUCAUCAGAAAAUGCAUUUUGGAUCGCCGCCUGUGGAAAAUUGUUUUGCUUGCACGGCGUGUAAUAAAUCUUAUAAACAUAAGACACAUCUUAAGAGGCAUCUGGAUGAAGGUUGUCCAAACUUAACUGAUGGCGUUGCUCGAAGAUUUGCUUGUGAAAACUGUGAAAAGACAUAUAAGCAUAAGCGUCAUCUACAGAGACAUCAGAAAGACGAAUGUGUUGCGGUAGGUGCUGCUCCCAGAUUCAAGUGUGAAAUGUGUCCAUCAGCUUUUAAAAGGCGAUAUCACUUAACCAGACAUUAUCUUAAUACUCAUAAUAAUGGAGUAGCAACAGCUCUUGUAAAAACCGAGCUUGACAAAAGCUCGAUAAUAAAAGAUGAAGGAGCAACAGCUCUUGUAAAAACUGGGCUUGACAAAAGCUCGAUGAUAAAAGAUGAAGUUGAAAUAGCUUAA